AAGUUUCAUGUGUUCAUACCUCGAUUUACUUUGCAGGAACACCAGUGAAACAUUCUCAAGCAUGGGUCCAUCCACCCCAUCCUGGAGCACUGACAACACAACAAUGAAUGGAAGUUACUACACUGAAAACUUACUCUGUGACACCGUGGACAAAAUCUUCAAUAUUCUUACUGUUAUCAUUGCCGUGGUUGGGCUGGCAGGAAAUGCCAUAGUGCUGUGGCUUCUGGGCUUCCACAUGCACAGGAAUGCCUUCUCUGUCUAUGUGCUCAACCUGGCUGGGGCUGACUUCCUCUUUCUCUGCUUUCAGACUAUGUACUCCCUAGAGUAUAUACUUGCUUGGUUCCAUAACAUCUACUUGGAUAUUCCCAUCUCUCUCAUCAAUGUAUUAAUCUUUGCUUACCUUGCAGGUAUGUGUAUAAUUGCAGCCAUUAGUGUUGAGCGUUGUCUGUCCAUUUUGUGGCCCAUCUGGUAUCACUGCCAACAUCCAAGGCACACAUCAUCUGUCCUGUGUGCACUGCUCUGGGCCUUCUCUCUACUGUUAAGCCUCCUUUCAGGGGAUGGUUGUGGCUUACUAUUUAGGUAUUAUGACCAUUCUUCCUGUAGGACUUAUAAUUUUAUCACUGCUGCAUUUAUGACAGUAUUAUCUGUGGUUCCUUGUGGAUGCAACCUGGCUCUAUUGGUCAGGAUCUUCUGUGGCUCACAGAGGAUUCCUGUGACCAGGUUGUAUGUGACCAUUGCACUCACAGUGCUGGUCUUCUUACUCUUUGGUCUGCCCUUUGGUAUCAAUUGGUUCAUCUUAGAAUGGACUGUGGAUUUGAAAAUCAUUUUCCCUUGCAAUGUUUAUGAAAUGACAGCUUUCCUGUCCUGUGUUAACAGCUGUGCCAACCCCAUCAUUUACUUCCUUGUUGGUUCUAUUAGACAUCACAGGUUUCAGAGGCAGACUCUGAAGAUGCUUCUGGAGAGAGCCAUGCAGGACACUCCUGAGGAAGAAGGUAAAAAGAGGGCUUCUUCAGGAAAUCCUGGAGAUCAGGAAACAGUCUCGUGCAGUAGCUGA